GAGUGUGCUUCUGAGGAGAAGAGGAAAUGAGGAGAUGGGGUGGCAGCCGCCCCAAUAGGGUUUCAGCCGCUUAAUUACAAAAUCUUGGGGUAGGGACGACGUAGUGACAAAUGACAAGGGAAACAAGGCAAGUGAAGGAAUAUCUCAUUAUCAUGUCGUCAUAUACUGCGGGCUUCAACGGAUGAAGAUGCCGUCGACGAUGCCGAUAUUGGGAAGCAUGGGAACAAAACUGAAGUCUUUUUCAGAUCUCAAGACGGCAGAUGGGCAUAUGAAGAGCCGUCAAGGCGCACCAUACCUAGCCAUCUCUAGAUAUCCUCACUCAUUCAUACAACCAAGCCUGUCAACUACAGCUUGUCUCCCAUGAAUCAUGAAGCCACUCACUUGUUCCUCCAUCCCCUUGUUUGCCUGUAUCCUUACGGCCCAUGCCUUCCAGUUCCCCGACUGCAGCAGCGGCCCUCUAUCCAACUCCAUAGCAUGCGAUCCAACCGCCUCAGCCCCCGACCGCGCAGCAUCGUUGGUUGACCAGUUAACCAUCGACGAGAAGCUCGUCAACCUCGUCGACCGAAGCAAAGGCGCUCCUCGCCUCGGCCUCCCACCCUAUUAUUGGUGGUCCGAAGGCCUCCACGGCGUCGCCGGCUCCCCAGGCGUCCACUUCAACACCACCGGCUACCCCUUCUCCUACGCCACCUCCUUCGCCAACGCCAUCAACCUGGGCGCCACCUUUGACGACGAGCUUGUGUACGAAGUCGGCACAGCCAUCAGCACCGAAGCCAGGGCAUUUGCCAACUUCGGGUUUGGCGGGCUGGAUUACUGGACACCGAAUAUCAACCCCUACAAAGAUCCGAGAUGGGGGAGGGGGGCCGAGACGCCCGGGGAAGAUCCCCUCAGGAUUAAAGGGUAUGUGAAGGCGCUGGUUGCGGGCUUGGAGGGGAAUGGGACGGUGAGGAAGGUGAUUGCUACUUGCAAGCAUUAUGCUGCGUAUGAUCUGGAGAGGUGGAGGGGUCUGACGAGGUAUGAGUUUGAUGCGAUUGUGAGUCUGCAGGAUCUAAGUGAGUAUUAUUUGCCGCCGUUUCAGCAGUGUGCGAGGGAUUCGAGGGUGGGGAGUAUCAUGUGCAGUUACAAUGCCCUCAACGGAACGCCCGCCUGUGCCAACACUUACCUUAUGACUGAUAUCCUGCGCGACCACUGGAAUUGGACCGACCAUAAUAACUACAUUACAUCCGACUGUAACGCCAUCCAGGACUUUUUGCCCGAUAACCACAACUUCUCGCAAACGCCCGCCGAAGCCGCCGCCGCCGCUUACAUAGCCGGCACCGACACCGUCUGCGAAGUCUCCGGCUGGCCGCCCUACACGGACGUUGUGGGCGCCUACAACCAGUCCUUACUGCCCGAAUCCGUAAUCGACACCGCCCUCCGCCGUCUUUACGAAGGCCUUGUCCGCGUUGGCUAUCUCGACCACGGCUCAUCCUCAAAUGGCCCCUUCUCCUCGCCAGCUUACGACGCUUUGGGUUGGAAGGACGUCAACACCCCUUUGUCCCAAGAACUAGCCCUCCGUUCUGCCACAGAGGGUAUCGUCCUGCUUAAAAACUCCAACAACCUCCUCCCUUUGAGUUUUACCGGAAAGAAAGUAGCGUUAAUAGGCCACUGGGCCAACGCCACCGGCACCAUGCGCGGUCCGUACUCUGGUAUACCUCCCUUUUACCAUAACCCUCUGUACGCCGCGCAGCAGCUGAACCUCAGCCUUUCCUACGCCAAUGGACCUGUGAUGAACGGAAGUGACCCCGAUACUUGGACCGCUACCGCGCUGGCGGCUGCGGACAAAGCUGAUUUGGUUUUAUAUUUCGGCGGGACGGACACGACCGUUGCUGCGGAGGAUCUCGACCGAGAGUCUAUCGCGUGGCCUGAGACGCAAGUGGCACUGAUGGCGAAGCUGGCGGGGCUGGGGAAACCGAUGGUGGUGAUCCAGUUAGGCGACCAAGUGGAUGAUUCUUCUCUCUUAAGCAACGGGAACGUGUCCUCGAUUUUGUGGGUGGGUUACCCAGGCCAGUCGGGCGGGACGGCCGUGUUUGAUGUUUUGACAGGCAAAAAAGCGCCGGCGGGACGAUUGCCUGUGACGCAAUAUCCGGCAGGCUACGUGGAGGAGGUGCCGUUGACCGAGAUGGAGUUGAGGCCCUUUAACCAUUCUUCGUCUGCUGCCUCUUCUGAGGACGACCAAGCCGAUAUUGAAGGCGACUUGACAAUCCAACUUGAACGCCGCUCAACACCCGGUAACAAAACCCUCUCCUCCCCCGGCCGCACCUACAAAUGGUACUCCCGCCCCGUCCUCCCCUUUGGUUACGGGCUUCAUUACACCACUUUCAAUGUCUCCCUCUCCCUCUCCCUUCCUGCCUCCAACUCCCUCUCCAUCCCCUCCCUCCUCACCCCCUGCACCGCCGCCCACCUCGACCUCUGCCCCUUCUCCCCUUCUGCCAACUUCACUCUCUUCCUCUCGAUAACCAACACAGGCCUCCGCACCUCCGACUACGUCGCCCUCCUCUUUUUGUCUGGGGAAUUCGGACCUAAGCCGUACCCGCUCAAGACGCUGGUGAGCUACAAGCGGGUGAAGGACAUCAAGCCGGGGGAGACGGUUACGGUCAGUGGCGAGGAGAUACCGGUGAGCUUGGGGGCGAUUAGUAGGGUUGAUGGGAAUGGGAACACGGUUUUGUAUCCGGGGACCUAUCGGUUUGGUGUUGAUGUGGAUGGGUUACUGGAUGAGGAAAGAGAGGUGGUAGUUGGAUUGACGGGUGAGGCGGCGGUGCUGGACGAGUUUCCGCAACCGAAGGAGUAGAGUAGGGGAAGGGAGAAGAAGAGAGGGGAAGGAGGGGAGAGAGUGUCUGGAUAGGUCACACAGAAAGGCUGGAAGACCAGC